AGAGCCAUUAAAACUAGAAAUGCAGCUAUGACUGACUGAGUAUUAAUUACUUUUCAACCACUAGAUCAGUAAUAAUUUAAUCAAUGAAAUGUGAUUUUUUUUUUUUGGCCCGGUCUUGAUAAUUUAAUAUAAUAGUCAAGGAAAACACAUAUAUGGAAAACAAGAAGGUUGUUCAGAGAUUUUGCUGCGUUUGACUUGGCAAUUUAUCUGUAAGCUAAGAGGUUUAAAAAAUCAUUUAAAACUUUCAAUGUCAAAAGAGAAAGGCAAUUUAUUUUCCAAAAAAGAAAAAAAAAUGAGAGUGAAAAGGAAAGAAAAGAAGAAUAGGGAAUAGGCAUAUCAAUCACUUUAUGCAAAGAAAUUUCCUUUACGCAAAGCACCAGCCACCAUAUCUCCAAUAUGAAUGAAGAGUAAGACUAUAUUUUCUCUAUUUAUAUAUAUAUAUGCACAUGCCAUUCACUACCAACUUCUUUCUUGCCUUUAAAAAUCAAUGCCCCGUGAUCCAAGUGUUCUGGUAGGUAACCUUCUGCCUUUUUUUCUUUCUUUUUUUUUUUCUAAUUUUUCCAUCUCUCACUUUUCUUCGUGAAAGUCGACAUUCAUGAGUAGGAUUAGCAUAACUAAGGUGAGAAGAUUUAUGCUUCUUUUAGCUCUUUAAGUUGGUCUGUAAGGAAGAGUCACACUAGCGCUUAACAACAUUUUAUUUUGUUGGUUAUGAUGGUUUAUAUAAAAUCAUACACCCAGUAUCUUUCUGUCUCCCUCCCUUCAUUACUAUAUUGAUUCCCAGGUCCUUAGACUCUUUUAGACCGAAUGCUUUGAUUCAAUUCAGAAAGAAAUGCUCAAUCAGCACUCUAACUAAAAAAUAUUUUAUUUUCAAGUGUUGAAAUUUAAAAAAAAUAUAUAUAUAUCAUUUCAGUAUAUAUAAAAUAGAAUAAGACAUGAAGAUAAUUUAAAAACAAUUGUUGAAAUGAACAAGUGAAAAUAAUAACUCAUAGACCCGGAAAUCUCAGUAUAGCUGGAAACUGGAAUACUGAGGGCAGAAAAUCUUCGGAUGAUGCAAAUCCAGGCAUUGAAUGACGAAACUAGUACUUCACAGUCCAAAAAUAGCUUCUAAUAUGUUUAGUUGGCAGUCUAAUUUUGAAUCCGGACAUCUUCUACAUCUCUUUUGUUCUUUCUUUAAACUGGUGGAAAUUUGUGGACCUCCAUCACACUGUUCCUACUUAGUUUCUGGAUAUAACCUUUUCUUCAGAUAACUGACUCAUACUUGUAAAACAAAACAAUGGCACGCCUCAUUCGUUAUCUUCAGGCUCCUGUAAUAAAUAAAGGGCUAACAAGUAACAACACUUCAAUACCUAUCCGAAUUCCCAAAUAGGCUCCAACACAAUUGGUUCUUCUAGUAAAACAGCAUUUGACUCUUUCUUUGCUAUUUUUUACACAGCCAAAAAUUAUGUCCUUGCAUAAAUUUAGCAGCAUUAAGCAUAAAUAUUAAUUCUUUUCCUAUUUUUAAUACAGAAAGAACAUAAUAUUGGUAAAGUGGGUUAGUUAAUACUUUGUCACAACUAGACAGCAUGUAAUAUAAGAUGAUAAUAGCUAUUUAUGGUGAAAAACAAGUAGAAGAAACAACAGACUGUACAAACCAUUACCCGAUCACUCCAUGCCUGCCUUAACUACCUUUGUUUCAAUCUUCUUUCAUAUUCUCAAUUCUCAUCUGCACUUUCUCUCAUCAUCAUCUCAUUCUCAUUCUCAUUCUCAUUCUCAAUAUUUUGCUUUUCUCUCUCUAUAACUCAUUGUCUUUUCCUUGAUCCUUUUCUUGAGUUCUAUAAUGGGUUGUGGAGGAUCAAAGUUCGACUCUGAAGCUGAUAAAGUACCUGUCAGAAUCCGGCCUCUUCUCCGGCGGAGGUUCGAAGAGAUGAGAAUUCGACGUAGAACUGGACCUGCUUUGAAAAACUCACCUACAGGCCUUUCCAAGAAAGAGCUGCUUAAAGAUGGUGCUUCUGACUCUGAUAUUGUAUCCUCUCCUUCUCAUGAAUUUGAUGGCAAAAGCAUUUCUUCCCAAGAAGAUAAUCUCAAGGUUGCACCUCUCCUGGAAUCUGAUGAAACAACAAUAUCUAAGGAUGCUGAGCAUGAUCACAAGGCGGUGAAGGAAGCACCAAUUCUAAGGUCUACGAAGGUGGCGCCAGCUCCUGAGCCUGAGAAAUUGAAAGAAGAGAAAAGUAUUAAAUGCAAUGCUAAAGAUGAAGAUAAAGAGGGAACAGAUGCCAUGCCAACAGCAGCCAUCUUCGCAGCUGUGAAAGCAAUAAAAACAACAGUACAUGUUGGAGAUCGACAAGAAGAAGACGAGGAUGAAAUUGUAAGGCUCAGCAGCAUAACCGCAGACAGUCUCUAUCCAGGAUCACCAAGUUUUAGAGUGUAUUUUAUUGAACCAUUGCCCCAUAUCAAAGAUGACGACGACGAACUUCAGGUGCAUGCAGUUGAAGACAAGAAUGAUGAUUCGGAUAAAAAAUCAAUUGAGGACGACUCUUCUGAGACAACUGAAUCAAGGAAUUCGACUAAUGCGGAUUCGGAGACCAAAAAAAGGAAGAAAGCAAAGAGAGGAAGCAGAUUAAGAAGGGUUUUACCCAUGGGAAGAACAGGAGCUGUAAAGAAUCUGCUGAAUGUUAAGUCUGCUAAUCCAGCAUGCGCUGGCUAUGACAAUGCCCGUCUACUGGCAAGCAAAACAGGCGCUUAAUUUUAAUUUUUUUUUUUUCAUUUUUCCUUUUCUUUUUUGGGUUCUAAUCUCAUCAUUAGAGAAGUACUUCGCAGUAGGAACUUUUCUUAUUAUGUUAAGGGUUAUAUGUUCUAUAAUCAGACACCAGUCCAUAAUAAUUAUGCUUCCCAUGUAAUUUAGUCAGUGUUUAAGAUGUAAA